AUUGCGAAGAUGGUGCAGGACCGGGCAGUGUUACGUUCUGUUGUACACAGGCUCCCUGUGAGGCGCAACCGACUCCAGAGCAGCUAACGACAGUAUUUGCCCUCAGUUUAGGUUGUACAAAAAAUACUUUUUAAAAAUAAGCAUCAUUUGGCGAGAUCAUGAUUAUCCUCGUCUUUGUAUACGUCUUGGCAAAGAAAAAACUGGUCUCCGGAGGGGUAGAAGGUGGAUAAGCCGCAGUGGAGGUAGAAGGAAUUCGGGACUGGAGACGUCGAGAGCGUGCCCCCAGGGGAAUCUGGCCAUCGGGAAAAGCCUCGGAGACUUAAGGCUUGAAUACUGUAGCCAGUUGUCUUAGAACCGUUUCGCCUAACUUGCCUCACAGUCUUUGAUACUCCAGCUACUGUCAAGUUCGGAAAUUUAAACUCAGUGGCACUAACGAAUGCUCAGAGAACUCGGCAAGGCGUUUCCUUUUCGUUGCUCUGCAAACUUUAAGAGUGAGAUUUCGGGUUUCCAAGGAAGCUGGUGCCGGGGUGAAAUCACCGGUUUCAAAAGUCAAGCGGAGAAAGCGCUUUCCCUUCAAAGCCCAAAUAUCUGCGGCUGCAGCUCACUUUUCUACUGAUUUACCUUCCGGUGCCGCCAAGUAUCUUGGGGCUCUUCUUAUCUCGGAGGCGUGGAUUGGGUGUUCAGCGCGCCCGCCGACUAUUUUUGCGCCAGGAUUGGUCGCUUGAUUUCCGCUCUAGAUGGGUGAUUGGCUGUCAGCUCGCUCGGCGAUUGGGUGCUGGGAGUCGAGGGGUGGGAGGCGGGAAUUCUUCGGAAACGGUGUUGCUGAGGGGGUUUCACAAGAGUUGGAGCGGAGAAAAGUUGGGAAUCUGAAAUAAAUAAGAAAGCAUGAUGUCUUCAGUAUGGUCUGAAUAUACAAUUGGUGGGGUGAAGAUUAACUUUCCUUGUAAGGCUUAUCCAUCACAGCUUGCUAUGAUGAAUUGUAUUGUCAGAGGAUUAAACAGUAAGCAACAUUGUUUGUUGGAGAGCCCCACAGGAAGUGGGAAAAGCUUAGCCUUACUUUGUUCGGCUUUAGCAUGGCAGCAGUCUCUUAGUGGGAAGCCAGUGGAUGAGGGCUUAAGUAAAAAGGCUGAAGUACCACCAUCAUGUAGUUGUACAUGCCAUUCAAAGAAUUUUCCUAACAAUGACAUUAUGAACCCAGGAACAUCACACCAUUUUGGUAGUCCAAGUACACCACCUUCUGAAAGAAAUAUCACUUCAUCAACUUGUCAAGAUUCUCCUGAAAAAAACACACUGGCUGCAAAGUUAUCUGCCAAGAAGCAGGCAUCUGUGUGCAGAAAUGAAAAUGAUGAUUUUCAAGUAGACAAGAAAAGAAUUCGCCUCUUAGAAACUACACAGCAGAUUAGAAAACGUCAUUCUUUUGAAAAGGAAGUACACCAUUUGGAUGCAAAAGUUGCUUCAGGAAAGGCAGUAAAACUCAACUCUCCAUCAGGAACCACAAACUCCUUUUCUCUACAAAGUCCCCCUGGCCACUGUUCUAGGUGCUGUUGUUCUCCUAAACAAGGAAACAGUCAAGAUUCUUCAAAUGCCAUUAAGAAGGAUCAUGGAGGGAAAUCGAAGAUACCCAAAAUAUAUUUUGGGACACGCACACACAAGCAGAUUGCUCAGAUUACUAGAGAGCUCCGGAGGACAGCGUACUCAGGGGUCCCAAUGACUAUUCUUUCUAGCAGGGAUCAUACUUGUGUCCAUCCUGAAGCAGUUGGUAACUUCAACAGAAAAGAAAAAUGCAUGGAAUUGCUAGAUGGGAAAAAUGGAAAGUCCUGCUAUUUUUAUCAUGGUGUUCAUAAAAUUAGAGAUCAACACACAUUACAGACUCUCCAAGGGAUGCACGAGGCCUGGGAUAUAGAAGAACUUGUCAGCCUGGGGAAAAAACUAAAGGCAUGUCCGUAUUACACAGCGCGAGAACUGAUAGAAGAUGCUGACAUAGUGUUUUGUCCCUACAACUAUCUUCUAGAUGCACAAAUAAGGGAAACUAUGGAUAUCAACCUGAAAGAACAGGUUGUCAUUUUAGAUGAAGCUCAUAAUAUUGAGGACUGUGCUCGGGAAUCAGCAAGUUACAGUGUAACAGAAGUUCAGCUUUGGUUUGCUCGAGAUGAACUAGAUAGUAUGGUAAACAAUAACAUAAGGAAGAAAGACCACGAUCCCCUCCGAGCUGUGUGCUAUAGUCUCAUUCACUGGUUAGAAGCACACUCUGAACACCUUGUAGAGAGGCACUAUGAGUCAUCCUGUAAGAUAUGGAGUGGGAAUGAGAUGAUCUUUCAUUUACACAAAAUGGGCAUCACUUCUGCUACUUUUCCCAUCUUGCAGUUGAAUUAUCCCAGCACCAUUUACCAAGGACAUUUUUCUGCUGUCCUUCAAAAAGAAGAAAAAGUCUCAUCAGUUCAUGGUAAGGAGGAAGCAAGAGAAAUACCUGUUAUCAGUGCUUCAACUCAAGUAAUGCUCAAAGGACUUUUUAUGGUGCUUGACUAUCUUUUUAGGCAAAAUAGCAGAUUUGCAGAUGAUUAUAAAGUUGCUAUUCAACAGACUUACUCUUGGAUAAAUCAGACUGAUACUUCAGAUAGAAACGAGUUUUUUGCUCUACCAAAAAAUAAGAAGCGCUCUCGACAGAAAACUGCAGUUCACGUGCUGAAUUUUUGGUGCUUAAAUCCAGCUGUGGCCUUUUCAGAUAUUGAUGAAAAAGUUCAGACAAUCGUUUUGACAUCUGGAACAUUAUCACCGAUGAAAUCCUUUUCAUCAGAACUUGGUGUUACAUUUACUAUUCAGCUGGAGGCUAAUCAUGUCAUUAAUAACUCACAGGUUUGGGUUGGCACCAUUGGAUCAGGCCCCACAGGUCGGAAUCUCUGUGCUACCUUCCAGCACACUGAAACAUUUGAGUUCCAGGAUGAAGUGGGGGCACUUUUGUUAUCUGUGUGCCAGACUGUGAGCCAAGGAAUUUUGUGUUUCUUGCCAUCUUAUAAGUUAUUAGAAAAAUUAAAAGAACGUUGGCAUUCCACUGGUCUGUGGCGUAACCUGGAGUUGGUGAAGACAGUCAUUGUAGAACCACAGGGAGGAGACAAAACUGAGUUUGAUGAGUUACUGCAGGUAUACUAUGAUGCAGUCAAAUACAGAGGAGAGAAAGAUGGAGCGCUCCUGGUAGCUGUUUGUCGUGGGAAAGUGAGUGAGGGUCUGGAUUUCUCAGAUGACAAUGCCCGUGCUGUCAUAACAGUAGGAAUUCCUUUUCCAAAUGUGAAAGAUCUACAGGUUGAACUGAAGCGUCAGUACAAUGACCAGCAUUCAAAAUUGAGAGGUCUUUUACCUGGUCGUCAGUGGUAUGAAAUUCAAGCAUACAGGGCCUUAAACCAGGCCCUAGGUAGGUGUAUUCGACACAAAAAUGAUUGGGGAGCUCUUAUUCUAGUGGAUGAUCGCUUCAGAAGUAACCCAAGUCGCUAUAUAUCUGGACUUUCUAAAUGGGUACGGCAGCAGAUUCAGCACCAUUCAACAUUCGAAAGUGCACUGGAGUCCUUGACUGAAUUUUCCAAAAAGCAUUUAAAGGUCAUUGAUGUAUCCAUACAGGACAGAAAGUCUAUACAGGACAGUGAGUGUAUACUUGAAGUGGCCCGUUUGAAGGACAGCACCCCAACCUCUUUAUUGGAAGCAGAAAGUCAUCUGUCACCAGAAAAUCCUUGGGAAGAUGAUAUAAAAAUGUGUGUCCAGGAGCGUCAGUGUCCUAAAAUGAUAACUAAAAAUUCAUCACCACCAAAUGGCACCAUCUCCAGAAAGGAGAAAGAUGAUACAGUAUUAUCAGAAGAGUCUGUCCAGGCAAUGAAAAGAGGGAAAACGGUGAUUUCGAGAUCCACAAGCCCAACCUUCAGCAAACAAGCAAAGAGAGUUAGUUGGCCUAGCUUCCAUUCUUCUGGACAGUAUUGUACUGGUAAAAUACUGACUGCAGCACCUGAGCUCAGGACUUCAGAAGACUGUACCUCUAGCACUUCUACUAUCAAAAUAGAAAAGAUGGAAAGUAGACCUGUUUUGCCACUCACUGAUAAAUGUGAGUCCUCAUCUCUGACAGUAAACAUAUCACUUGAGCCAUGCCCUCAAUCGGAAAUCAUUGUUGCACCGAUAAAGACUGAUUUUGCUCUUACCGAAAAAGAUCAUCCCAAACGGCUGCUCUGCUGUGAAAAAACACUGAAUCCGGACACUGAAAUGUCUUUCGUAAGUGAAGAAACUAAACUUUCUACUUCAAAUAGAUCUUUUGAAACAGAAGCAGAAGAUGAAUCUGUCUAUUUUACACCUGAACUUUAUGAUCCUAUAGAUAUAGAUGAAAAGAAAAAUGAACCAGUUGAAACUGAUGGAAUCAGUACACUGGCUGAUAAUUCAAAUUACAUUUUAGCUGAAGACGUUUUUGAAGAUGAAACUAUGAAAGGAGAGGAUUCAGUCAGCAAAAUGAAAGCUGAGGAUUGCUCAGACACAAAAUUGAAUAGAAUCAUACAUAUUGAAGAAAGUAAAAUUGAUAAACAUUGAUGAUAAUAUAAAAACAACUAUAUAAAUGAGUCGGAUCUUGGAAAAACUCAUGAGACAGAAAUAAAGAACUUUAAAUAGUCUCCUUCCAAAAAUAAAGGUGCGUUCCUGGUGUUAGGUGACAGUACUUAACUUUGAAGCUAUAAAAAUAUGUCAUCAUGCUUAUAUAUUAAACUUGGUUAUAAAUAACAAUUUACAAAUUGGGUAAGUGGUUUACUUUUUUAAAAAUUUGAGAGAUAUUUUUCAUUUUAAUUCAUUGUCAUCAGAUUUUCAAAAGUAUAUUUUAUGUUCAGAAAUGUAAGUUUUACUAUUCUCAACUUUUGAUAAAGUGAUUCAUACAAAGUAUUUUCUUCCAACAAGUCUUCCUUAGUAAAUGUGGUAUAAACAUAAUCCACCUGAAAGAUGAUUAGUGUUUUUUAGGGCCGUGUAGACUUCACAUAAAUAUUGUAUUUUAUAGACUUCUUCAUCCAUUUGUUUUCAUACAUAUAUAAAAAUUAAAAAUCUAACCUAGUCAUACCUCAGCCAUAUCUCACUGUAAAUUUUACCACAGAUCAGCCUGAAAUUUUUUAGGAAUCAAACUUUGUCUUGAAAAGUUUAUCUCCCUAUUAAACUUGCCUAUUUAUAAAUAACAAGAAAACUUAAGUAAACAUCAUGCACUUUUUAGUUCUUUUUUUACAUUUUUUGUUUGAUAAAUCAAAAUCAAGCAUGCUGUAAACAAAUUUAUGUAAAGUUAUAGAAUGCCAAAUGAAGGGCUCCAAAUGUUUUAUCCUAAUUAUUUAGCUUCAUCAUUGUGGGGGAAUAAAUGACAUGUUCUGGUAUAAAGGCUUUAGUUAUGCUACUGUUGAGAUACAAAACUUCAUAUAUAAAUUUGGUAAGCACCCAAUUAUGUAACUGCAGCUGAAUACGUUCUCGUAGAGCGCAGCAAGCUUUUCUCUGAAUUUUGGCUCUGCUUGUAUUUUUGUAAAUGAAGCUAUGCUUCUGAUCGUGGUGUUUAUAAAAGAUGCUCUUUUCUGAUAUCAUUCUAAAAGUACAUUCAUGGAUCUUUUUCUGAGUAGCAUCUUGUUAUUCAAUGGAUAUUUAGGUGUCUUGUAAGUGAUUUGAAUUGAAAUUUUAUGAGCUGUUUGUGUGGUCUGUUAUUUUCAAGCCAAAAUUCCCCAUAAUCAGAUAUGUUUUACAUUCAUUCACAGAAAAUGAAUUAUUAUAUAGACAUAUGUUUACUUUUACUUUAAUCACAUUUAGUUUUAAUACAGCUUGUUUCUAUAACAUGGAUUUUACAACUGUAAGCAUAAUUCAGUGAAAUUUAAAUUGAUUAUUUACCAGUUGGAAACACUGGUGGCAUAGUGGUUAAGUACUACAGCUGUUAACCAAGAGGCUGGCAGUUCAAAUCUGCCAGGCACUCCUUGGAAACUCUAUGGGGCAGUUCUACUCUGUCCUACAGGGUUGCUAUGAGUCGGAAUCAACUCGACAGCAGUGGGUUUGGUUUUUUUUAUUUACCAGUUAAAGAGUUCAUCUAUACCUUGGGAUAUAUUCUAUCCCACCUAGUGUUAGAUAUUUUUCUUAGUCGAUAGGUGAGUGGUAAGUUAAAAGCACUGGAUUAAAAAGUAAUUUUUAAAUUGUUUUGAAAGCAUGCAACCAUUCUCCCUUUGGUAUUAUUCUUACAACACAUACAAGGGUAAUGAGAUAGUGGAAAGAAUACCAUGUGGAAAGCAAGAGACUUAAGAUCUAUUCCUGGCUCUGCCACUAAUUUGCUAAGUCAUGUUGGCAAUCACCAUGGGAAUUAGUUUCAUCUGUGAAAUACAGAAUUUAGUACUAUAAAGUCAUGCAAAUCCCUUUCAGCUUUAAAAUUCCAUAAUUUAAAGGAUGAUUUGUUGAUAUUAUACUCUGAAGUCAAUUUUCAUUUGUUUUUGUUCUGUAACGCUUAAAAUAAAGCAUGCCAUUUUGUAGAAAAGGUGAAAUGACUCUACCUUUAGAGAACAGUUGUAUGAAUAUGUACAUGAUAACUUCAGAAACUAGGUAUCUAUUUUAACAAUGCUGCAAUUAAAACAUUUUUGAGAUUUUUAAAAUUAACUUUUGAAGAAUUGGUAAACUACAUGAGAAAACUAAGCACAUUAUAGUCUCACCUUAGUAUUAUUUCCCAACUUGAUCUCAAAUACCAUCCCCUUGCCCUAGAUGUGAUUUUUAAAUUCUUUUUGAAAUCAAAUUCUCUCAGAGACUAAAAAUUUCCAUUACUGAAAACGUUCAUAGAUAUGUUCCACAAGCUUCAAAAAUAAUUCCAAAAGGUAUUUGAAAAAUUUUGUGAGAUGGUAGCACCACUGAAACAGGUGUAUGAACUCCUCAGGUCAUGACUUUGAUCAGGAUGAUAUUAUAAGAAGUAAACUACUGGCUUAUCUAGAGUAGAAUAGACCAUUUUCAUUAUUGGUAAUACGCUUUGUAAGAGUUAUCUUAGAGAGUCAAAUAAGUUAAAACAAGUAAAAGCAUUUAAGAAAAAUAUCUGGCACAUGACAAGCUGUCAGUUUUAGUUAAUCAAUCCCUUUUGGAGAUCCAGAGUACACCCUUGCUUUGUAUGAAGCUUUCCUUAAUUCGUAGAUAAAUAAACAGGUAGGUAGGUAGAUAGGUAGGUAGGCAGGUAGGUAGGUAGGUAAAUAAACUGAUAAUAAAGAAUUGACAUGUAGUAGAAAGGAAAAUUAUUUGGUUUAUUUUUUAAGGUUUUUGAGAUGUAUAAAACAGAAAUUGUUUAUCAGAUAAUUUGUCUUACACAUUCAAUGUAUAUGAAAUAAUUAAUAUGAUACUGAAUUUAUUCAAGGGCUGAAAGUAUGUAGAACAUACAGGCCACGAACUAGGAAAACUACCAUUUGGAGAAAGGGUUUUAUUCAUGGAAGAAAGGUAUAAUGUAAAGAGUAGAUGUUUCAUGACUUGACAUUUAAAUUUUAGGUGAAUCAUUUAAAACUUUCUGGAAUCAUGUUAGAAAUAAAUGACAGCUCUUACUAAGGUACUACUAUGUAUUUAAUUAUUACAUGGUUUUAAAGUUCAACAUACAGCUUUGUUUUAAUUCUUCCUUAUAAUUUUUCUAUUCUGAACAUUUUCAAAAAGCUUCCCAUAUUAUUUUUCUCAAUAUGAUUGUCAUGUUUUUCUGUAGUAAAACACAUUUAAGAUACUUAAUUUUAAAACUGCUUAUAAAACUGGCACAGGGUAUAAAACUCCUUCAUAAAAUCAAAGUGCCUAACUUGAAAGAUUGCUUAUUGGUUCUAUAGUCAUUUAAUCUCUUAAGUGAUAGCAUUCUUUUUGUAUUUGUUUGCCACACAAUUAUUUUUACUCAUGUCCUUUUUAUUCUCGGAUUUCUCAAUGAGAUACAUAAGAUUUUACUUUAACUUUUAUGAAUUCUUGUAGUUUCUUGGCUGUUCCUGGGGUAAAUUCAGUCAGUCUUUUGUAAAUAGAAAGGCAGCUUUAAUACUAAAAAGUUUCAUAACAAAAAAAAACUUCAGACCAUAUUAAACAAUAUCUAAGAAAGCUAAAGCACUUAACAUAGAAUAUAUAUUUAAAAAAAAAAAAACUGUUGCUGUCAAGUCAAUUCCAAGUUAGAGUGACCCUAUGGGACAGAGUAGAGCUGCCCCACAGGGUUUCCAAGGAGUGGCUGGUGGAUUUGGACUAUCUGCCAACUUUCUGGUUAGCAGCCAAACUCUUAACCACCAUGCCACUAUACGGCUAUGAAAUAUACAAUAAAGAACAUCACUUCAAGAAAUGGAAAUUUAGACAAAUGACCCAGGCUUAUGAUGCUCUAACUCUAAAUGAUUUUCAUGUCUACAAAAAAAAGAAUUUUUUUUUUUUUCUUAAGGUUUCGUUUGAUAGAACCAUUAGUUGCCUGGCUUUGUCUACUCCUCAUUGGAGCCUUGGUGUAAUAUCUAUGGGAUCUGAGCCCAUGGAUCACCUUAUUUUUGAGACCACCUGUUAGAGAUUCAAUUAUGUUCCCCAGAAGUAUGUACUGUAAAUCCUAACUUCUGUGCCUGGGGUUAUAAUCCCAUUAGAGAAUAGGUUGUCUUUGUUAUGUUAAUGAAGCAGGAUUAGUAUAGAAUGUAUCUUGAUUCAGUCUCUUUUGAGAUAUAAAAAAGAUUAAACAAGCAAGCAGAGACAAGGAAAGAGAGAUGCCAAGCCACAUGAAGAUUGCCCAGGAGCAGAAACUCAGAAGAGACAAGGACCUUCCUCCAGAGCUGAUAAGGAAGACUUUCCAUAGAGCCAGCACCCUGAAUUGGGACUUCUAACCCCCUAAACCGUGAGAAAAUAAAUUUUUGUUUGUUAAAGCCAACCAUUUGUGGUAUUUCUGUUAUAGCAGUACUAGAUAACUAAGAUACCACCUUAUAAUUAGUUGAUUUCAGUGACUAAACCCCCUUGGACUAGGUCUAAAAUACCCAUCUUGUCCAUAUUCCACUCUGUAAUGAACAGGUUUCAGUGUAUUGGGAGGAAAACAAAGGCUGUAUGAAACUUACUGUUUCCAGAAGUUAACCUUUGAAAAUCUAACAGCAAAUACUGGUUGACACCUAUACAAAACCAACAGCCAACAUCAUUCUCAAUAGAGAGAGGCUUAAAGCAUUCUCCAGAGAAUGGGAACAAGACAAGGAUGCUGUUUAUCACCACUCCUAUUUAACAUUGUGCUGGAAGUCCUCGUAGAGCAAUAUGUCAAGAAAAAGAAAUAAAGUACAUGCAAAUUGGAAAGGAAGAAGUAAGACUAUCCCUAUUCACAGAUGAUAUGAUACUGCACAUAGAGAACCCCAAAGAUUACACAAGAAAACUGCUGGAACUAAUUCAGCAGAGUAGCAGAAUACAAGAUCAACAUACAAAAAUCAGUUGGAUCCCUAUACACCAACAAAGAGAACUUUGAAAAGAAAAUGAAGAAAACAAUAUCAUUUAUUGGUGUUGUUAAGUACCAAAAAUAAAUGAUAAAUAUCAUUUAUAACCCAUAAAAAAUAGCUCCUAAAAAGAUCAAAUACUUAGGAAUAAAUCUAACCAGAAAUGUAGAAGAC